GAAUAGCCUCUUCACUAUUACGUCAUGCGCGAACAGCUGGUCCGUUGCAAGAGCUGAAAAUGUGGACAAGCGUAGCGAUAUAAAAAUCGCGUCCGUGCCGUCGGGGCGUAAACAGUCAGUUUAUCACGAUGUGGUGGCUGGAAGGGUUUCGGUCGGGGACGCGCCGCCUGGAGAUCCUGUUGCUUGUUUACACCUUGCUCUGCUGUGUCGGAGAUUGCCUGUUUGUCACUGACUAUUUCACCCGGACGCCUCGCAAGCUCAACGCCUACCGCUCUUUUGCCAGCGUGGAGCUGUUCCACUUCAACGUGCCUGACGACACCGUGGUGGCUGUUUGGAACCUCAUCACCUUCAAGGAGCAAGGGGGCACUUUUGGAGACAGCUGCCCAGACCGCAACGUCACAGUGUACUUCAGGUCAGGAGCUCCACCUGUAAUCAACCCCCUCCAGACGCGUUUUCCAAAGGACACCAUCGUUCCAGGCUCCUUCGCUGUCACUUUGACAUGGACGCUGCCCAACCGCACCACAGGGGUGUUCAAUGUCACCAGCCCCCUCCCGGGAGACUGGUUCCUGGCCGCUCACUUACCAAAGGACGAGGGCAAGAUCUCAGUCAAGGGUCUUCAUGAGGAAUGUCAGUACCUCUUUCAGCCUCAACUCAUCGUUCAGAGACUCAUCGGGAUUUCGGUGCUUUAUCCUGGUUACUUCAUUGACCAGAUGAUUCCACUUCACAACAGAUCUGUGCUCUACAAAGUUUUCAUCCCAAACUACAUCUCUCGGGUGAAGGUGCAGCUCGUGGACUGUAACACUAAAAACCGUAGCGGUGAGAGUUGUCCAGUUCUGCUGAAGAUUCGCUCUAGGGCUCCGCCGGUCCACAACUCCAGUGCCAUGGACUGCAGAGAGAACGUUCCAUGUGAGCUGGAGGUCCCGCUGCCGUCCUGGGAGCAGUGGUAUUACAUUCUGGUGGAGCGAUAUCUCAGCAGCUCAGAUGUUUAUUUCCGCAUUGGUGUUCAGGUUAAAGACUGUUCCAAGCCAACUGUCUCCAAAGGCUCCUCAGCAAUGAACAUGCCCCAGUCAUUUGGCACUGCGAUGGGUUUCUCUCUGUCAGAGACCCUGCCUGCUGCCAGCCUGCCUAACGUGCCCCAGAACGCUUCGGAUCAAGCAUCUCUAUUAGCUGCUGAAGACAGCAUCACUUAUUUAGCACCAACAGCCGACACAAAUAAAUGCUGGCCAAUCCGGCCAACGCUGCGCAAUGAACUGGACACAUUUUCAGUUCAUUUCUACAUCUUCUUUGGACCCAACAUUUCAAUUCCUCCGGACCGGGCAGCCAUAUUUGCCAUCAACCUGAUGCCUGUACUGGAUAGCGGAGGUGUCCUCAACAUGGAGCUCAAACUUAAUGUGGUAAGUGUAAAUUAUUUAUAUUCGGUAUGUAAUCCUGGACCACAAAAAAGGCAUACAUGUCAAUUUUUGGAAAUUUGGAUAUUAACAUCAUUAACAACUGAAAGUUGAAUCAAUAUUUUUUAU